UCAUUAUGUUACUCGUUUUAUUCAAGUCGCGAGGAUUAUAAGUUGCGACUCUUCUCUAUACUAGACAAUGUCAUUUAGUAUAAAAACCACCAUAUAAAAAUUUAUUAAUUAUCGUUUUACUUUUUCGUUAUCAUGGAGAAUCUUAAGAUCGCAAAGGGAAGUACGUUGGUACUGUGUGUGUUGAUUGGAAGUCUUGUCUGCAGUGCAGACAAGUUAUCACCAGGUCAGAAAGCACCCCCACAUGCUACUAAUUCCGGUGGGUCAUCAUUAAAAGCCCCAUUUGCGGGUAAUCGUGCCGCAGAUGUUGGCUCUAGGUCAGACGUCGGUAGAAGUGGGGGUUCACGACCCCCAGCAUCUCCACCGCAAGCUCCAAAGGAAGAUGGAGUCACCAGAGAAGAGACCGAAGAUCUUAAAGAAAUAGAUGGUCAGCUUGUGCGUGUGGUCAAGGGUAAUUUUGCUUACGAUAGUCCCGAAGGACUUCCAGUUGCCGUCAAAUAUGAAGCCGAUGAAAAUGGAAACAGAGCAAGUUUCACUAUUGGGAAUCCCACAGGAGGUGGCGGGGCUGGAAGAGGUACCGGGACUGGAGGUAGAGGUGGUGGAACUGGAGGAAAAGGUACCGGAGCUGGUGGUAAAGGUACCGGAGCUGGUGGAAAAGGUACCGGGGCUGGUGGAAAAGGUACCGGAGCUGGUGGAAAAGGUGGCGGAACUGGAGGUGGAUCUGGUUCAGGUGGAGGAAAACCAAAUUCUGACAAAACUUAUCUUCCUCCAAGUUAAUUUAUUUUAUAUAUACAUCCUUAUAUUUUUUUUUUGCAUUAGAAAUAUCAAAAGUAGAUUUAAUACAGCUUUAGUAGUUCAACUGAUUCUUUGUUAGUUUCUUUUUAUUUCUUAAAUAAAUAAUUUCUAAGCCAAUCAAGUUCCUCGGUACGUACUAUAUCCAAACGGAUUCAACAAAAGUGGCAAAUGAUAAUUUCUAUCAAGACUUUUAAUAUCAAAUAUAACUUCAAUGAUUGGAUACAAUGACGAUCUUUCAGUUGUAAUAAAAUAAUUUUCUACAUUAAAUUUAAGUUUAUAACGUCCUAUUGUUAAUGAUUGUCCAGCUAAUUCUAAUAAAUCGGAGCAUCGGCCAUCUGAUGUUGUCUUACUAAUUAAAAAUAAAAAUAUUUAUUUUAAUUACUAUUAAGUAGUUAUUAUUUUUAUUUAACACCUCAAGCGCAAAGGCGACACUCAAUUUUUUUCGGGUUUUUCACUCACUUUGAAUCAUCUCAGGAAUUAAUAUUCCAAAAUAAAAGUAAUGAAGAAAAAUAAAAUGAGUGAUUGAGGUGCACUUCUGGAUUUUCAAAAAUUUUUAAAAAUUAAUAACCAACCUUUCACUAAUCAAAGUCCAGGUGUUUGUAUUUUUAUAAAGACUCACUGGCAAAUUCGCUACAGGAAGUCCUCUACUUGUGUCCAAUACAUGAGUCGAUAUAUGAGGAGUAUUCAUUAUUUAUUAAUUUAAUUAUAAAAAAUUAAAAUGCCUCCGACUGUUGUGCAGCAGCGACUGAGGCCAGUUAAUAUAUUUAUAAAUAUCAUAUAUUCUUAUCAACUUGAAGAUAUUACAGCUCGGAGAUUGUAAAAAAUAUAUGAUAACA